AGAGUGAUUUAAAAAUGGGUAAUGUUGACAAGGGCAAGAAGAUUUUUGUCCAGAAAUGUGCCCAGUGCCAUGCUGUGGAAAAGGGAGGCAAACACAAGACUGGACGAAAUCUCCAUGGUCUUUUUGGACGAACGACAGACCAGGCUGCUGGACUCUCUUACAUGGAUGCCAACAAGAACAAAGGCACCACUUGGGGAGAGGAGACACUGAUGGAGUACUUGGAGAAUCCCAAGAAGUACAUCCCUGGAACAAAAAUGAUCUUUGCUGGCAUUAAGAAGAAAUCAGAAAGAGCAGAGUUUAUAGCUUAUCUCAAAAAAAGCUACUAAUGAGUAAUAGUUGGCACUACCUUACUUAUUACAGAAUAGAAAAUUCUCACGACUUUUUUAUGUGUACCAUAUUUAAAUUGAUCUCAUACACCAGAAUUCAGAUCAUGGAUGGCAGAUCGAAUGUUUUUGUCAGACGAUACUUAUUUAAAUAAGAUUGGCUUGUGGUUAAAUGAAUAUGAUCAGCGUUUUGGAUUUUGAUAACCCCAGUUCUGCAACUGCAAUCACCCUUCUCUUUGUAAAAAUAUAAUUGGAUUUGUGCUCAAAUUCUCAAAGAUGCUGAACGCCAUCUCAAAACUUACAGGAAAUUGGUUUUGUGUUUAGAUUUAUAUAACUGGUUGAUAUAAUUAAAUACUGUGGAAAUCCCUUCACUGUCUCAGAAAAAAGAAAAAAAACCCAGAAAAGUAGUACUGAAGGUGUUUCUCUAUCUCCCUCUCCCAUCUCAAUUUCUCUCUGUCCUGUCAAGUAAGAAAUAGAAAAUUAAAGAAAGUUAAACAUUUUAAGAAGUUUUCGUAAACUAAAUAUGCAUAAUAUAAAAUGUAUCUCCUUAUCCAUUUUUUUAAAUUUUUUAAUUUUUAUAUUUAUUUUAUUUAUUCCCUUUUGUUGCCCUUGUUGUUUUAUUGUAGUUAUUAUUGUUGUUGUCGUUGUUGGAUAGGACAGAGAGAAAUGGAGAGAGGGAGGGGAAGACAGAGAGGAGGAGAGAAAGAUAGACACCUUCACCACCUGUGAAGCGACUCCCCUGCAGGUGGGGAGCCGGGGUUCGAACCGGGAUCUUUAUGCCGGUCCUUGUGCUUUGCGCCACCUGCGCUUAGCCCGUUGCACUACAGCCCGACUCCCUCCUUAUCCAUUUUUUAGGAGAGACAUUAAAGCACUGGUCCACCAUUAAUGGAGUUCUCUCAGUAUUCCCACGUGGUACCACGGACUGAAUCCAGGG